AUGUCGCUCGUCGACCUUCUCUUUCCCCAGGCAGAGCUUGAGGCAUUAGGGAAUAGAUGGCACGAGCCUGUACCUAAGAGAAGGAGGAUCGAUCCGGACGUUGGACCAGGACAUGAGCGAGGGCCAAAGCAGGAUCGAGGAGCGACCCUGGCAACGUCUCGGAGACACAACAGUGAUUCAGCCGUGUAUCUAGGUCGCCGGGGGUCCUUCGCAACAACACGUCGCCGAAUGUCAUCCAAAUCCCACACCAGCACUGCUAAGCGAUCCAACCCUGAAUUCAAGCCGUCUGCCACUUCGAGCUCGAAUACUGCCACUUCGACCUCAAGAAGCACUGCGACUACCAAGACUACUGCUCCUACAGCGAAGUCCUUCCUACCAAGCUUCAUCGAGCCAUCCAUCUUGCAGAACUACCUACAACAUCUUCAUCCUAACGAUCGUCCGCGCUACACUUUGCCAAACCACUCCCAGGGUGAGACCCACAGCCGAUCCGAUGAAGACGCUCGCCGAGUACCUCAAGAAGGGAAACACGACGAGGAUUGUAUAUCUUCCCCAGGCGCUUUGACGGCCGACACCUCGUCCCCUGCACCAUCACACGACCACUGCGCGACACCUUCUCCCGGAAUCUAUGAGCAGCUGCACUGUGCUCCGUUCAGUCAUUUGAUCCAGGGACUGCGAUGCACCGAGCAUGAACGAGAUAUGGUGAACGAUCUUCUCAAUCCGAGCCCAUCCACGACACUGUUGCCAGCCGAGUUUUCCGGCAUCCAGUCAAAACGCGAGGCCGAGCAGAUGGACCCUUUCAAUGAAUGCUACCAUGCCGACGAAGGCUACCUUCACACCAUGUUCCCUUUUGGGCCCGCUCAAUCAUUAUUCGACUCAGUGCAUGAUUCCAAGUUCUCGACGUCGUUUCCUUUAAUGUCGGACGAGAUCAGGGAUAGCGAUGUACAUUCAUCCGGUCUGAGCCCCGGGAUGGAGGAAGACGGAGAAGAAACCAAAUCUCCGGCGGGAUUAGUGAUACGUGACUACAGCAGUUUCGGUGAUGAUGACGACGGUGACGACGGUGAUCUAUUCGACUACGACCGAGCUGCUGGACCACCUCUAGCAACGCCAUGA